ACCGCAACCACCCAUCAACCUCUCAUUAGAUGUCAACUGACUAAACAGGAUUAAAGUCAAAGCCUCUUUCUGUCCUUCCACCUGACUCAGCGUCAGUUUGUUGCAUUUCUGAACAAAUGAAGGUCGGAGACGAAGAGUGACAAUGAAGCUGCCCAGGUGGUUUCUGGGAGUGUGUUUGUGGUUGCUAAGUGUUGCAGAGGUUUGGACUGCUACCUUCAAGUUGGCUCUGAUCGGCCCCUGGUCCUGUGAUCCGAUGUUCUCCAGGGCAAUGCCAACGGCAGCAGCCAACUUGGCACUGUCAAGGUUACGGAGUGACAGCAGUCUGAGCAGAGGAUAUUGGUAUGAUGUCAAACUGCUAGAUGAGGACUGUUCCACUUCGAAAGCUUUGGCAGAACUUGGUGACAUGGAAGGUUACGGCCACGCCUACAUUGGACCCUUUAAUCCCAUGCUUUGUCAUGCUGCCUCUUUAUUGGCUCAACACUGGGAGGUGGGGCUUGCAUCGCCUGGCUGCCUGGAUGCUGACUGGCCAAACCUCCCGCCUGUCACCCCACCCAGCAGAGUCCUGUUCAGUGUUCUCAGCUUCUUUCACUGGGCACAUGUUGGCAUCAUUUCAGCUCCGGUUGACAUUUGGACAAGCACCGGACAGGAAGUGGCCUCCGCCCUCAGGGAACUUGGCUUGCCCGUUGGUCCGGUUCUUACCAUGGAAACCAGGAGCAGCGAUGGACCUCAGCAUGCACUCGAAGCAAUCAGGCAGGCAGACAAGGUCAAAGUGGUGAUAUUAUGCAUGAGCUCUGUUCUUGUCGGUGGGGAGGAUCAGAGAAAGCUUCUUUUGGCUGCUCUGGACAUGGGGAUGGUCUCAGAAGGUUACGUCUUCAUUCCAUACGACGCCCUCCUCUAUAGUCUGCCCUACCAGGACACGGUGUUCCCCCAACUGACCAACAGCACCCAACUUCGUCAUGCUUACAGCUCCGUUCUGACUGUCACCAUGGCAUCUGAUCAGAAUUUCUACAAAGCCUUUCGUCAGGCUCAAAUGAACCGAGAGAUCCGAUCUGCGGUGGCAGCAACUGAGGUGUCUCCGCUCUUUGGGACCAUCUUCAACAUGGUUUACUUCGUCGCUAAGGCUGUAGAGGAGCGUCGCCAGGCAGCCGGUGGACAUUGGGUGACAGGUGAUCAAUUGGCCCAGUCAGAUGGAGGUUUUGACUACCAGGGAUUUAAUCAGGUGUUGCAUGGCGGUAGAGACGGCAGUGGUUUGCAAGCCGCAUACGUGGUGUUGGACAGUGAGGGAGAUCGACUGGUGCCGACACACACACUUGCUCCGACACAAACCGAUGGAUCUGUCAGCUACCUGAGGAAGCUGAGUCGCUCCUUUGUCUUCCCGGGAGGAAAACCCCCGAGUGCCGCUUCCUGUUGGUUCAACCCUGAUGAGGCUUGUGGAGACUCGGAUGCUGUGAUGAGCUUCUUUGGCUGCAUAUUGCUCUGCCUUCUGAUUGGAGCCAUUUACUUUUGGAUCAGGAAACGCAGGAUGGCGGAGAACAUGACAAAACUCAUUCUGACAUUGGAUGACAUUGUCUUCAUCGACACUCAAGUCAGCAGGAAGAAGCUGAACGACGAGUCAAUCAUGAGGAGUCUUCUCGAAAUUAAAACUCCAUUCCGCUCGAUUGCCAGAAGCUACAUAUUGACGACACCCGAGAGCUCAAAUAUCGGAAUACUGGAGGGCGACUGGGUUUGGCUGAAGAAGAUCCCGGGAGGAAGGACGGUUGCAGCUGUCAAUCAAAACACACUGAAACUCUUCAGCAAUUUAAGAGAAAUGCGACAUGAAAAUUUGAACCUCUACUUGGGAAUGUUUGUGGACUCGGGGAUCUUUGCUCUCGUGGUUGAACACUGCCCUCGCGGCAGCCUGGCGGACCUUUUAGCUGAUAGCGAGAUGAGGUUGGACUGGAUGUUCAAGUCGUCUCUAUUGAUGGACCUCAUCAAGGGGAUGAAGCAUCUCCACCUACGAGGUUUAAGUCAUGGUCGACUGAAGUCCACAAACUGUCUAGUUGAUGGACGCUUUGUUCUGAAGAUCAGUGAUUAUGGACUUCACAUGAUCCUUCACUCAGAGAGACUCAUCCUUCCUGAGGACUCACAAGACCUGCUGUGGACCGCUCCUGAGCUUUUGAGGUCUCCAGUCAGAGGAGGUUCAAAGGCCGGGGACGUGUACAGUUUCCAGGAAGUGAUUUCGCGAACGCCACCCUAUGCCAUGAUGGACAUGCCUGCUGACGAGAUCUUGGAGAGGUUGAAGCAGCCACCUCCUCUUUGCCGGCCGAUCGUUUCGGUGGAUGAAGCUCCAGCCGAAUGUCUCAAUCUGAUGAACGAAUGUUGGAAUGAAGAUCAUGCCAAGAGGCCGAGCUUCGAUGACAUUUUCAAACAGUUCCGAGGCAUCAACAGAGGCAAGAGGGCAAACAUUAUUGACUCCAUGUUACGAAUGUUGGAGCAAUAUAGUUCAAACCUGGAAGAUCUAAUCCGUGAAAGAACUGAUGAGCUCGAGGUGGAGAGAACCAAGACGGAUAAGCUCAUAGGACAACUGCUGCCAAAGUCCGUGGCUCAGGCUCUCAAGAAAGGGAAGCCAGUUCGCCCGGAACAUUACGCCGAUUGCACUCUUUACUUCAGCGAUAUUGUUGGAUUCACAACCAUCUCUGCUCUCAGCGAACCCAUCGAGGUCGUGGACCUGCUGAAUGACCUCUACACCAUGUUUGAUGCCAUCAUUGCUUCUCAUGAUGUCUACAAGGUUGAAACGAUUGGUGAUGCCUACAUGGUAGCAUCCGGCGUUCCCAACCGGAAUGGAAAUCGCCAUGCAGCUGAAGUAUCUAACAUGUCGCUGGACAUCCUGCACGCCAUUGGAGCGUUCAAGAUCAAACAUAUGCCGGAAAUUAAAGUGAAGAUACGAAUUGGACUUCACUCUGGUCCAGUUGUGGCAGGCGUGGUGGGUCUCACGAUGCCCAGGUACUGUCUGUUUGGAGACACUGUGACCACAGCUUCUCUUAUGGAAUCCAGUGGACUUCCCUACAGAAUCCACAUCAGUCUGAGUACAGUGAAGGUUCUGACGAGUCUCAAACAGGGUUACCACAUGGAGACCAGAAAAGCUCAGGUGAAAGGUUCAGAGGACACCUACUGGCUGGUGGGGAGAGACGACUUCAAUAAACCUCUACCUGUCCCUCCAGACCUUCUGGGAGGGGCCAGUAACCACGGUAUCAGCCUUGAUGAAAUCCCAGUUGAAAGAAGACAGAAGUUUCUGGACCGACAGAAGAAGAUGAAGAAAUAGACUUUGCCAACGGACACGCACAUACACAUAUACACACUACCUCUAAGUUUAUGAUGCAAAUCUAAAACAAAAAACAAGCAAAAAAAAAAUCCAUGUGGACAUUAGGCUUCCUGAUCACUGUUUGUGCCUCUUGUGGUUCUUGCAAUAGUGAAACGUGUUGCAAUGAAAUUAUAUUUUUCAGUGCAUGAUCUUAAUAGGUGCUUUUUACUCAAUUAGUGUUUCUGUCUAUCUACAGUAAAACUUUUCAAAUGUCAAAAAUCACAGUCCAUUCCAGGACAGGUCAAUUUCCACCUUGUUUCCAUUCAAAAAACAUUUUCCGAAUGCAAAUAAUAGCAGUAGAAAGAAUCAAGCUGAUGCCAUCAUAAAACCGUUAUUAACCUUAGAGGCAAUGUUUUAAAUAACUAAGACACAGUAAUAUUCUUAAUGGUCAUAUAAGAAAAAAAUGUGUUCACCACUGUUAAUAUUCUGAUGUAGAAAGAUUCACUUGUAACUUUAGUGACAAAGUGAUGGUUAGAGGCAACUCAUUUUUCAUGAAUGUCACACAAGUCUGAAACAAAGUUAACUGUAGCUUGUAAACGAAAUAAAAAGCUGCCUUGCCUUUGUUGUUGGUCCUC